AUGCACCAAAGAGGAUACGCAAGAAACUUACUGGAACGAUUUGAAAGGACUGAUUUAAAGCCUGUGGACACCUACUUAUACGUGAAUUUGAAGCUGACAAAAGUAAAACAGGAUCCGCAUAUCAAAGAUAGGAAAUUUCCGGAUCGCGAAUUAAUGGGGGCACUGAUGUAUUUAGCAGCAGCAACGAGGCCUGACAUAUCUUAUGCCGUCAGUGUUUUAAGCCAGUUCAAUACGUUUGGACAGGCUCACUGGAAUUUAGUAAAGUGUGUUUCACGCUGUUUGCAGAGUUCUGCCGAUCUAGGAGUGAUCUAUAAGCCGAGAAGAACAUCUCUUAGAGGUUACGUCAAUGCAGUUUGGGCCAGCUGUUUGACACAUCGAGGGUCUUAUAAAGGGUAUGCAUUUAUUGUGGGAAAUGCUGCAGUUUCUUGGCAUUCAAAGAAGCAGCCAGCAGUAGCUCUGUCAUCUACGGAAGCGGAGUAUAUGGGAUUGGCGGAAGCUACCAAGGAAACAAGUAGUAGUGGUAGUCCAAGUUAA